AUGAUAAAAAUCACGAUUUUCACUAUUUUUCUAUCUCAAAUUCCCUUUUCUCAAAAUCAAAAAUCUUGCAAUUUCAUCGAAAAUCAGAUUCUCGACACAAAAUGCCGUGAAAAUUUGGAAAAACUAUAUGGAGAACUUCGAAAAAAUGCGAAUAUUUCCGAUGGACAUUUUCCGCCGUAUGAAAAUGCGAGAAAAUCGGCGGAAUUUUGUGAAAAAUCAAUGGUUUUUUUUUUGAGGUGCCAAGGAAAGCCUGGAUUAGAAAAAUUUUAAAAGUUGAAAUUCAGAAAAAAUCUAACAUUUUUUACUGUUUCAAAAUGUUUUGAAUAUUUCGAUCUUUUCUGUAAGUUUAACUGAAAAAUAGAAAAUUUUUUGAAACAGAAAAUUUUAUCAAUAUUGUUCAAAAAAUAUCACUGUUUCAAAUAUUUUAUUUAAAAAAUUUCCAAAAAAAUCCAAUAGUUGUACGCUUAAAUCGUAUGAAAAAUCAUCAAGUUGGAACUUUUAAUUUAAAAUAAAUUUAAUUUAAAAUAAAAUCGCCCAAUACAAUCAAUUUUCAGACUUGCCUUAACUCAAUAAAUUGUUCUCGUUCAAUCUCUGUAAAAGUGCACAUUUUACCAGUUUGUCAAGGAAUUCGACAAUUUUCCGGAGAAUUUGGAAAAUGUAUAAGUGAACUUCAGAAAAAUCCGAAUUUGAAAAAACUGGCAAAUUUUUCAUCAUGCUCAAAAUUUCUUCCCACCGACAAAAAUCCGGAAUCCUCUUUGAAAUGCGAAAUUUUUACGCGAGGACAAAAUUCGAAAUGUUUCGAAAAUUUGUUGAGGGAAAUGUGUGGAGAUUCGGCUUUUCGAAAUUUUCAGCAAAUUUCAGAACAACUCAAGGAUUCUUUGGGAUGUUAG